AGCGAGGGAUGACGCGCAUUGCACCGCGCAUGCUCCAACGGAAGCGGAAGCAGCGUCAUAUUCUGCGAGGAAGAUGGCGGACGAUAAGGACUCUCUGCCAAAGCUGAAGGAUCUUGCUUUUUUGAAGGAUCAGUUGGCAAACCUGCAGCAAAGAGUGGAAAAUGAGGUGCAAACUGGAGUAGGACAGGAAGGCUCCUUGCUGGCAUCUCCAUUUUUCAAAGGGUUCCUUGCUGGGUAUGUUGUAGCCAAAUUGCGCUCUUCAGCAGUCUUGGGAUUUUUAGUGGGGACUUGUUCUGGAGUGUAUGUUGCUCAAACCUAUGCAAUCCCUAAUGUGGAGAAGACAAUCAAAGAGUUCUUCAGGUCAUUCAGGAAAGGACCAGACUGAAAGACUCUCCUUUGUGUAGUAGUGCACUCUAGGAACUCCUCUUUGUGUUUUAGAAUUUUUAGACCAUUUCAUUGCUUGCAAAAGUCAUAGGCAUUUGGUUACUCCAGCUCCCAUUUCAGCAUUCAUGUCCAUUGGGAAUGUUUUAUAUCGGGCAAGUUUCAGCAGGUCUGAUUAUAAUUAUUCUCAGUCUUUGUAUCAUGAAAGUGAUAGUUGCAGCUUCAGCCAUACUAGGGUGCUUUUGGACUAUCAGCUUGGGCUGCUAUGUUUCUUUUCUUGCCUUCGCUGUCUAUUGAACUGAAGGCUCACCAUUAUUGCCUGCUGAUGGCUCUGGAAACUGACAUAUACCCCUGACUCAAGAAAUGCAGUUUGCAUAGUUCACACAUGAGGUCACUUUCCCCCUAAUUAUGUGGAAGUAUUAUACCCAAAUGUAAGUGACUAGUUCAUGUCUUACUGACUUGAUUCAUUGGGCAUGUAAUGUGAGUCCUUUCUUACCCCCACUCUGGAAGAUAAUGUUUUAAGAAGUACCAAGACAAAUCCUGUGCCCUUUCCAAUAAAACGUUAGAGACUGA